GUAAGAUAUUCAAAUCUUAAUCCUUUUAUAUUAUUCAAUGGGUUGGAAUAAUUCUAAUAACUAUUAUUUAGCAUGGAGGUCCAAGUAGAUGCACGUGUGGUCCAAACUCUCAGUAGGAUUCGUCGAGUAAUUGCUGAAACUGUCAGAUUGUAUCAGUGUAGUGAAUCUAUCAAUUAUAAUUCUUUGUCUAUUGCGAAACGAAAUUUGACUAGAAUUUCUACUGCAAUAUCAACGAAUACUCAUGAUCAGCUUCUAGAAGCAAUUGAUGGUUUACUUAAUAUCAAUUCAGACGAUCAACAAGCAAAAACCUACGCAGCUCUUAGAAUCAAUCGAAAUGGCAAAGGUCGUCCUGCAGUCCAAAUAAAUGACGAUCAAUUAAUAUUAAUGUAUAAUGAAGGGUUUUCUGCGGUUAACAUAGCCAAAAACUUAGGUUGUUCGAAAAAAACAAUUUAUAACAAAUUACUCAAGUUAAAUUUACCCAUACGUAGACGAUAUAAUCAAAUUUCUGACGAAGAAUUACAAUAUAAAAUUUUGGAAAUUCAUCAAAAGCAUCCAAAUGCCGGACAGACGAUGAUGCAGGGAUAUCUGAAAGCAGCUGGAGUUUAUGUCCAAAGAGAUAGAGUUAGAGUGGCAGGUGGAGUGCAUCUAUUCAAAGAAGGACAUAUAAAGUUGCAACGCCUAAUUCUUUAUGGCAUAUGGAUGCUCACUUAAAGCUUUUGCGAUGGGGUUUCGUGAUUCAUGGCUGCAUCGAUGGGUAUUCCAGAUUAAUAGUCUAUUUAA